AUGGUGCCGCAGCUGUACCCGCGCGAGGUGCGGCGGCGCCGCGACUUCUACGCGCGCCACCCGCCGCCGCCGCACCUGCGCCCCGAGGACACGGGCGGCGCCGUCGACCCGCUCAUCUUCUCGCCCACCGAGCCCUUCAGCGUCGCCCUCGUCUACAGAGACGAGGGCGCGGAGGAGGCGGACAGCGAGGAGGGGUCUUCGCGGGGCUCGGGCGCGGCGUCGCCCGCCACGCCCACGCCCGCCCCGCCGGACGGCGCGCUGCCCGUGCGCUACGUCAGCUGCCAGGCGCAGGUGCCGGUGCGCGUGCUGAAGAAGUUCCUGCGCCUCAAGUUCUGCCUGGCGCCGGCGCACGUGGUGGAGCUGCGCUACAAGCAGGAGGCGCUGGCGGACGACCUGACGCUGAUGGACGUGGCGUACAUCUACUCGUGGAAGCGCGUGCUGCCGCUGCGCUUGCACUACCGCUUCCUGACGCCGCCGCACCGCAAGGAGCCGCACCGGCCCGCGCCCGCGCC